AUCAGUUUAUUUUACGCCGUGAAAUAGCACAGUUCGCAAUGAGUUUCGCUGGAAGAGUUGUUAUUGUAACCGGCGCUAGUUCGGGUAUUGGUGCAGCAACCGCAGUAGAGUUUGCCAAACAAGGCGCUAAAGUCGCACUAGUUGGACGGAAUGAGGCAAAUCUAAAAGCUACUGAAACAUCCUGCAAGGCAGCCAAUAAUAAAGUUGAGUUACUACCCAUCAUUGCUGACGUCACUGUGGAUGCGGAGCGUGUUGUAAAAGAAACUGUUGACAAGCUCGGGCAAUUGGAUGUGUUGGUCAAUAAUGCGGGCAUAGCAGAGACCGGUCACAUCUUGGAUAUUGAAGUUGAACAUUUUGAUCGCGUUUUGAAUACGAAUUUACGUGCAGUCUUUCUUCUAACCAAAUACGCCGCGCCACAUCUCAUCAAGACACAAGGCAGUAUUGUGAAUGUCUCCAGUGUCGCUGGUUUACGUUCGUUCGCUAAUCUUUCCGUCUAUUGCACUUCGAAGGCUGCUCUCGAUCAGUUCACACGUUGUAUUGCAUUGGAUUUGGCGCCACAUAAAGUGCGUGUAAAUUCCGUUAAUCCUGGUGUUAUCAUCACGGAUAUUUACAAACAUAUGGGCAUGACAAAGGAGCAGUAUGCCAAAUUUUUGGAAGAUUGCAAGGCGACACAUGCACUCGGUCGUGUAGGCGAGGCCAAGGAGGUGGCCGACUCCAUUCUUUUCUUAGCCAGCGAUAAGUCCAGUUUUAUAACGGGCGCAACACUGCCCAUUGAUGGUGGAAGACAUGCAAUGUGUCCGCGUUAAGCUUCAAAUAAAUUACAAAUAAAUACGUUUAUACGUAUGUGUAUUUUGAACUAAUAAAAAUU